AAAAAUCACCCUAUAUAUAUUUAACACGAAAAUUUAUUCAGGCCUGAAAUUAUUACAUAUUUUUUAUGGAUGUUAAAUAAUUUUAAGCACGUGAUAAAUUUAGCUAUUUUUAUUUUAUUCGACGAUCCAAUCGUUAACAUAGUUUAAUAGUUCAAAAUAAUAUACGCCCAACCAGUGUGCAAAAAUUCAUCUCAGAGACAUCGCAGUGACAUCACUUUGAGCAGUGUGAUGCUACAUUUUAGAGCCUAUUUUGUUGUUAAAAAAAAUGUCGAUCCUUAACUACCAGACUUAUGAAUUCUAUGCAUGCGAUUUAACAAAAAAGAAAUCCAUGCGACGUUACAUUGAGACUUCUUUAGGUAAUUAAAAAGUAAACACAUAGACGUUAUAGAUAAUUCUCCGCUAUGAUAGAAAUGCGAGUAUUCUAAGUAAUUUGCAAAUUAAUUCACAUAGAUGUCACAAAGAGUUAUUGAGUGGGUGUAUAUAAAUAUAUACAUACAGUCACUUAUAAUUAAUUAACUAUUUGCAUACAAUUGUUUCUCAGUAAAAUAAUACACUUAAUAAAAUUUAUAAUGAUGGGAAGUAUGAAUUACAAAAGUACUAGAUAAACUUCAUACGGAUUUAUGAUAGACAUUUAAUUAAUCAACUAAUAUUUUCAAUGUUAAAGAAUAAUAAAAGUUGUUCAAAUCAAAAAUUGAGAAUUAUCCGGAAUAUUAAUUAAUAACCAAAAAGAUUAUCAUAUUAUAAUUGUAGCAGUAUUUCUGGUUUGAAAAACAUUUCCAUGGCAACCAUUUAUAUAUUUAUAAACGAUGAUGGUUUUCACAUAAAAAUCAGUUUCGAUCUAAUUAAGUGAAUCAAUAAUUUUCAAUACAAAAAAUGGUUAAUAUUAUUACACGAAUAAUAAGAAUUGCCAAGAAGAAACUUGGGUUAAGAAAAAAACGCAAUGUCACCUCAGUAGAUUAUGGAACACAAACAAACAAAUUGACAGAUGAUAUAAACGGUCAAAUAAAAUCUGUUCCAGAAGCACAUAUUUUGGAGUCGCAGAAUAAGGAAGUUCAAGACAUUGCAGUUCAGACAUCUUUAUUAACCUCUGAGAAACUUACUCAGACUAAUAUUAAACUUAUGUUCAAUGUGUCCGAGACACAAACAGAAUUGUCCUUACUGAAUUCAUUAAAUUGUGAAACGCAAACUGACGUGUCAUUAGAAAAUAUUAUUUCAAAUAAAAAAUCUUUGCAUGAGCGUCGUAAUUCAAUUUCAAUAUUAAAAAAUUAUAUGCACACUGGUUCUCAGUGUUGUCUCUUACCUACUACAAACGAGCCCCUUUUAGACACUAUAAAGAAAUUACCUUUAAAAGUAAAUAAUUGCGUUGAGGAAGUAAUUAAUCCUUCAACGACACUUAAUGACGCUCAAGAAAAGACUGAACCGUAUGUGACAAAAAAACACAUAACCACUGAAGUAGAUGCGGUGUAUGAUUGGUCAAAUGCUGUAGAGGACUUCAAUAAAACAUACUUGAAUGUAGGUGUAGUGAACAAGCAGAACGGAUCUCAGGUCGACAAUGGUCUACAAUUCUAUACUCUGGAUGAUGUUCCUCAACUUCAAUUAAGGAAUAAUUAUGAUUAUGGCAUGAGAGUGCUGUACUGUCAAGCAGAUUUUUUUUGCAUGACAAAAGUCAAAAAUGAACAAAUAAUAAGAACUAUGGAAAAUAUUAUGAAUGUAUAUUAUAAACAUACACAAGAUUGUAAUUUUAAACCACGACGUGAUGAACUUUGUGCCGUUAAAUAUAGUGACGGUAACUGGUAUAGAGGAGUUUGUACUGGUGUUGAAAAUACCGUGGAUGGAAGUCAAUUUUAUAAUAUUAAUUUAAUCGAUUGGGGAGAAACGGUUUCUGUAAUAUCAGCUGAACUGCGUAGAUUGGAAACGUUUUAUAUGAAACACGCGCCUUUGGCAGUUAAAUGCAUUAUAUCGGAUUUCAAAUUAUCCAACGCACGUAAAAAAACUCUGCGCAAACUGACGAAUAAUGUAUAUAAAUGCAAAGUCAAUUUAAGACUUGGUACCCGUAACUAUUUAAUAUCUUCGAAAACAAUUCUGGACAUAUUACGUUAUCGUUAAGAUUAUUGAUAUUCUGUUAUGUAUUAUAUAUUUUUGUCCAGUAGUCAAAUAAUUAAGUUAACUUGUGUUUAAAGAAAUUGUUUACUGCUUUCAUUAUAUAAUUUAAAAUAAUAAUAUUUACUUAGAUUGUUUAAGAUAAAUUUGUAUAAUUAAAA